UUUAUGCAGGGACUGGACGUCCUCAUGCAGUGAACACUGCAUGGGCAAUGCUCUCUUUGAUUUAUGCUGGGCAGGUUGAACGGGAUCCAGAACCCCUGUAUCGUGCUGCAAAAGAAUUGAUCAAUAUGCAGCUAGAGUCAGGCGAGUUUCCCCAGCAAGAACACGUUGGAAGCUUCAAUUGCUCCUUUUACUUCAACUAUGGCAACUACCGCAACUUGUUUCCCAUUUGGGCUCUUGGAGAGUUUCGGAGUCGACUUCUUGCAGAAAAGAAGAGAAACAAUGGGCAUGAUUAAUUUUUCUCCUGCUCGAAUCCACUGCAGGAAGGGGGUAAUUAAAUGUACAUGCAAGAUUUGCAACUCUUUCAAGAAAAAUGCCCACAGGCACACUAUGAUUAUGAUGUAUGAUCCAAAGAAAAUACAGUCCUUGAUAUGUGUAUCCUUCGCAAAAUGGAGUAGCUGUUAGCGCUAGUCUUGUUAAUUACAUGAGGCCGUAAGGUGUGUAUGUAUGUGUUUUACUUUGAAAAAUUUUCCUCAA